UUUUAGAGAGAGAGAGAGAGAGAGAGAAGAGGAGAAGAGGAGAAGGGAAGACUCGUCCGCGUCUUCUUUGGCGUCUUUUCUCCUGCGCGCGACGCGAGCUCGAGAAGCGGGAGUCGGGAGAGGAGGGCGACCGACGGACGAUGCUGCAUCGCCGCCGCCGCCGCUGCCGCUGCUGCCGCUCGUCGUCGUCGUCGUCGAUCUCGCCGUGUCCGCCGGGCUCCGAUUGGCGAUCCCGAUCCCUUUGCUCCGCCUCCUGAUUUUUCCGCCGCCGCCGCCCUCGCCGUGGUUCCCCCGGCGUUCGUUCGUUCGUUCGUGAAGGUGGGGUUUUUUCGCUGCGGGAGCUGGGGAUUCGCAUGAAUCGGGGCGCGGCUCCGCGGCUCCGGUCGAAGAAGCCCUAGAUUGGGUGGAGCGGGGAGCGGAGUGAAGUGGGGGAGAGUGGAGCUUGCCCCUCCCGGCCCUCGGCCCUCCUCGAUCUCGCGGGGGUUUUCUGCUGGGUCUUGACCGCGUGUCGGGUUUGAGAGUUGCGCGCGUUGGAGGAGGAUGGAGAACGGAUUCGAUGGGAAAUUGGCGGAGAAGCUGUCUGGAAUGGCGCUUAAUGACGCGGCUUCCAAUGUCAACUCCAACAGCGAUAGCUUGACUCAGGUCAUGAACGCCGUUGAAGCUGCCGAAGCCACUAUUAAAGAGCAGAUGGACGAGAAUAAUCGGCUGAGGACCGAGCUACAGGAAAAAAUGCAGGAACUGGAAAGAUAUAAAUCAUAUGAAUCAAUGGCUUCAAGACAUGAUGUUGGGGCACCAGAUGGCCUUCUUCGCAGAGUCAAUGAUGCUCAACAAUCUAUACCGUCUGUGGGAAAUCCAGAAGAGGGCGUUAACAGCAUAGGAGGCACUUCUCCACGUGAUCAAGCCAGUUCUAUUAUUGUUCACAAGGAGGUGAAACUAAGUAAUCAGAAUGUUGCCGGACAUACUCAGGGGCAAGCCCACUCUGAAAGCAAUAAGGCUAAUGGGACAUUAAAAGUUCUUCCUGGUCCUCAAGUUCCCACCGAUAAUACUGGCUUUUCUCAGUUAUCAUCACCAUCAGCAACAUCUUUUUCUCCUAACAGAUAUCAAACUGAAGGAGAAUAUGAUAGAAGACUUAAUAUCUCUGGACAUGGGCUUAUGCGGAUGGCGGAAGUCAGUAAUUCUAGCAGCCUCCAGAAACAGGAUCUCAUUCAUAAGGUUCAGGAACAGGAACAAGAAAUUAUACAGUUAAGGAGAUAUUUGUCAGAUUAUUCAGUGAAGGAAGCACAAGUACGAAACGAAAAGUAUGUUCUGGAGAAGCGAAUUGCUUUUAUGCGUAUGGCCUUUGAUCAGCAGCAGCAGGACCUUGUUGAUGCUGCUUCUAAAGCUCUGUCGUACAGGCAAGACAUAAUGGAGGAAAAUAUUCGUUUGUCAUACCAAUUGCAGGCUGCACAGCAAGAAAGAUUGACAUUUGUGCAAUCUUUGCUGCCUCUCCUUGCAGAGUAUUCUCUGCAGCCUCCAGUCCUCGAUGCUCAGUCAAUUGUUAGCAAUGUCAAGGUCCUUUUUAAACAUCUACAAGAGCAGUUAAAUGUUAAUGAGGUGCUCAACAAAUUGUCGUCUUUCUUGCUUCAGACCAGACUGAAAGAAUCACACUAUCAAUUGGCCCCUUGGAAUUCAGAGGCAAGUCCAUCAAGUUUCGCGCCACAGUCGCCUGCUUAUUCCGUUGGUGCAGCGUUGACGACUUCAAAGAGAAAUGGACUAGAACUGGUGCCACAACCUCCUUUUUCCCUAGGAAAUGCACCAGUUUCUUCUGAUGCUCGGCCAAGUGCUGGGUGGGAUGCAUUGAAUGCCCAUCAGACUGCUUUCGGAGGUGUCCUACCCAAAAACAUGGAACCAGAUGACAUAGGGAGGUAUUCACCCCUUGCAAGCAGGGGUGCUGUCACCCGUGAAAUGGCAGGACACUUAGCAAAUACUCAGGGCAGCACACCUCUCAACCGUCAUAGUGAAGAAACUACCAAGCAAGUCACUUUUCGUGAGCCUGUUAGCAACACAGAGAUGGAUGAUCCUGAUGUAGAGGGAAGUCACAGUGAGAGAGAGUCUUUGGCUAAUUGGUCUUCUGGGAAUUCCCCCUAUUCAGCCCCAUAUAAUAAGCCAGGCUAUGCAGCCCCACUUGAUAAUCCCGGCUCGUUAUAUUCCCCCUAUCUACCCCCAGUUCUUGAAGAACCUGCUUCUUCCUUUUCAGAGGCUGCAGAAGAUGAUCCAUUACCAGCUAUAGAGGGCCUCCAAAUUUCAGGUGAUGCAUUUCCUGGUAAGGAACUGCAGGCUUGUGGAUACUCCAUUAAUGGAACAACCAGCUGCAACUUUGAGUGGGUACGUCAUUUAGAAGAUGGGUCGAUUAGUUAUAUUGAAGGAGCUAAGCAACCAAAUUAUAUUGUAACUGCUGAUGAUGUUGAUGCGUACCUUGCCAUUGAAGUUCAACCGCUGGAUAAUAGGAAGCGGAAGGGGGAGCUUGUGAAGGUAUUUGCUAAUGAGCACAGAAAGAUUACGUGCGGUCCUAUACAGAAUACCAUAGAAAGGACUUUUCAUGAAGGGCAUGCAUCAUACAAAGUUUCAUUAUCGACGGGAUAUCUUGACAUAUGGGAACCGGCUAUAUUGGCUGUUAAAAGGGAAGGAUACAGCAUCAAGUGUACUGCCAGUGAUGAUGUAUUAACAGAAAAGUUUUCUCCAAAUAUGAAAAUUACAAUUCCCUAUGGAGAUGACACGGCGUUCUGGAUAAUAAGUUCAAAUGACAGUGAGCGUUUCUUAAGAGCAGAAAACACUGCAGAAGACAUUAGCUGCUCAAGAGAUACGAUUGUGCUGACUCUGAGGCUGUUCAUCUUAAGGGGUCCAUAUCCUGUUGCUUAUGCAGGCUGGUGAUAAAAGGAAAGGGAGGAAAAGGAGUCUGUUCUUCAACAAGUAAAAAAAAUCUCCUCUUUUACCUUUCACAAAUGUUCAUUGCCUCAUUGAGAAUUGCAAGUACAACACAGGAUCUUUGGAUAGCAUGCUGCAUAGUUCAUUAUUUGAAUUCAGACUAUCUGAAGGUGAGUCAGGUAUGCCCAAUGAGGGCUGGUUGUAUAGUUUUUGCAUGAAACAUACCCUUUCUUCCUUCUGGCCAUAACCCCUUUCUCUUGUAAUCUUUUCGAUGUAAAAACCCUAGGAAAGCCAGAGGAGGGCAUUUUUCACUUCAUGUACAAAAAUUUUGUUUAUUGUUUUGGCUCAAUAUAUAUGGAGGAGGUAUUCACUCAUCAGAUCGUUUGUUGAAGCAACUUAUAUUGCUCUAAGUGUCCAUGGCCUUGUGAACUGGUAUGACAAUUUGUCUUGGUUUUGGUUAGUUAUGAGAUCUUGCCACAUGGGGAUUGUAAGUGAAGGCUUGCAAUUGAUGUAACCAUUGGCAUGACGUACUCUUGUUGAGUCUUCAAGUGAUGUCAAUGGAUAAUGUAUCCCGUGAUUCAUAAGUUUAAAAA